GGAGAGGUCUUCCGAACGGGAUCAGUCUCAGCCCGAAUUACUGAAGCGUGACAUCUUUCAAAGGCUGCAUCAUCGACUGUCAUGCAUCUUGGAGAGGCAACCUGUUGAUAUGGAAGGCCUGCAGUUUGCCUGUCACCAUUAUUUAGUUUUAUUAAGUGCUCUAGGGGACAUUGUUGAUGUAGACGAGGAUAUAUUUUCUACUCUUUCAGAUCUGAAUACUAUUAUCCAGCAGGAAAGAGACAAUCAGAGGACAAUUAUAACAGUACACUUUGAAAGUGGGUCUCGUGGACGUCCACGAUUGGUAGUGUCACCAGAGACUCUUGAACAUCUUGUGGAAUUGGGUCUGCCAACAAGUUUUAUUGCCAAACUCCUUGGUGUGUCCAGAGCAACCCUAUUUAGACGGAUGUCCGAAAAUAAUAUAUCUGUGUCUGCCACAUACAGUAAAUGCAGUGAUGAUGAGCUAGACGCCUUGGUCACGGCAAUUAAGAGCACCAUGCCAGACGCUGGGUACAGGGUAAUCCGAGGGGCUCUACUUGCACAGGGACACAGAGUGCAGUGGGAUCGACUGUAUGGAUCUAUGCAUCGUGUGGACAGUGGUGGUGUACUUGCCAGGAUGACGCGUCUGGGAUGUGUGGUUAGGAGGACGUACACCGUUCCUUUUCCAAAGUAUAUGGUGCACAUCGACACCAAUCAUAAGCUCAUCAGGUACAAUUUUGUCAUCUUUGGUGGAAUAGAUGGCUUUUCAAGAAAGAUCAUGUACCUGAAGGUAGCAGACAACAACCGGGCAGACACCCACUUGGCCUUCUUCAAUGAAGCUGUGAAUGAGCAUGGCUUUCCUCUGAGGGUGAGAGGAGAUCAUGGAGGAGAAAAUGUGGGCAUAGCAGAGUUAAUGUUCACAGUACGUGGAACCGACACAAACAGCUUCAUUGCAGGAAAAAGUGUACACAAUCAACGGAUUGAGCGUCUCUGGUGUGAUGUCUUCAUGAGUGUCACUGGCUUAUAUUACAAUAUCCUGCACUCCCUUGAGGACCAAGACUUGCUCAACAUCAGCAACAUCCUUCACUUAUUCUGCUGCCACUAUAUUUUCUUACCACGCAUUCAGGCCAGUUUGGAUGUCUUUAGUGACGCGUGGGACAGCCAUCCAAUCAGGACAGAGCACAACAUGACCCCAAAUCAGCUGUGGCAGUUGGGCUUGGCCCAGAACCCUGUUUCUGAUCCCCAGGUAAAUGCUUCAUUUAAUGUCACUAUACUGUACUACUGAUUUGUGUGCACUUUGACUAAAGUGAAUUGUAUCAAGAACUGUGUCAUGAAAUUACAAUGAAUUUUCAAAAAUGAACCGCAAAAUUAUGAGCUAUCAGAUGUACUAAUCUCACUACUUUGUUAGGGAUGACUAAUUAAAAAAAUAAAUUCAGUAAUGGAGAUCUGAUGUUUUGCCUGCCAGCAACAAUGUAAUCAUUAGGACACUGUGUCUACAUAAUCUUAAACAUAAAAACUGUAUGUAAAA